AUGUCUGGAUUAGGAAAAGUUACAGGAAAAAUAAAGACCAGCAAGACCAAGUCGCGUAGUAGCAGAGCCGAUUUAGUGUUCCCGGUGGGGCGCAUACACCGGCUGCUUCGUAAGGGGCACUACGCGGAGCGCAUCGGGGCGGGUGCUCCGGUCUAUCUGGCCGCAGUCAUCGAAUAUUUGACGGCUGAAGUGCUCGAGCUCGCUGGGAAUGCGGCGCGAGAUAACAAGAAAACUAGGGUUGUCCCCAGACAUUUGCAACUUGCAAUUCGCAAUGACGAAGAGUUGAAUAAAUUGUUGAAUGGGGUAACAAUUUCCCAAGGUGGUGUAUUACCAAACAUUGAGAGCGUUUUGUUGGUCAAGAAAUCAGGAGCCUCUCAGGCUGCAGCAGCUCGAGAAGUUGAAAAUGACGACUGA